AUGGACAUGGGAUCGAGUGAUGGGGAUGAUUGCAAAAUCUCGGUAAGUGCCAAGGAAAAGUUCUUGGCUGGACGUGGAGUUUCGGAGAGGUUGGCUCAUGAAUUCCAGAUGCUUUUCAACUUUUACACAAUCGACGCUUGUUUUCUGUCGACGGGAUGGCAAAUCAAGAAUGGAGGAAUGUUCGCUGCCACCUGUAUCGGGAUCAUUCUGCUCGUGAUUCUGGUAGAAUUCUGUCGCCGAAUGGGCCGCGAGUACGACGAGUUCUUAACCCGGUCGUUCCAACGCCAAGCCGCGUACACGUCUGCCAAGACUAGGGCCAUCACGUUUCGGGCGACACCAUUGCAGCAGUUGACGCGGGCGAUAAUUCAUGCGGUCACAUUUGCAGGUGCCUACAUUACCAUGCUGUUAGCGAUGUACUUUAAUGUCUACGUGCUCAUCUGCAUUUUCAUUGGAGCAGGACUAGGCAAAUUCUUUUGUGACUGGAUGGUGGUGACGGUUGGUAUCGAAAUGGAUGAAUUAAUACAUAGACAAGAAACAACCAUAUGCUGUGAUUGA